UACCUUGACAAUGUACUUUCAGCAAGCGUGGAGAGAUAAGAGGCUGUCGUAUAAUGUAAUACCUCUAAAUCUUACUCUGGACAAUAGAGUAGCAGAUCAGCUAUGGGUUCCUGAUACCUAUUUUCUGAAUGACAAGAAGUCAUUUGUACAUGGUGUCACUGUGAAGAACAGAAUGAUCCGUUUGCAUCCAGAUGGGACAGUCCUUUAUGGACUCAGAAUUACGACAACAGCUGCUUGUAUGAUGGACCUACGGAGAUACCCGCUGGAUGAGCAGAACUGCACGCUGGAGAUUGAGAGCUAUGGCUAUACAACAGAUGACAUUGAAUUUUACUGGCGUGGGGGUGAUAAUGCAGUCACAGGAGUGACAAAGAUUGAACUGCCGCAGUUCUCCAUUGUAGACUACAAGCUUAUCACCAAGAACGUUGUUUUCUCUACAGGUGCCUACCCAAGGCUGUCUCUCAGCUUUAAACUUAAGAGAAACAUUGGUUACUUCAUUCUGCAGACCUACAUGCCUUCUAUUCUGAUCACUAUCCUGUCCUGGGUUUCCUUCUGGAUUAAUUAUGAUGCUUCAGCUGCAAGAGUUGCUUUAGGAAUCACAACUGUGCUCACAAUGACAACCAUUAAUACCCAUCUUCGAGAGACUCUUCCCAAAAUUCCAUACGUGAAAGCCAUUGACAUGUAUCUUAUGGGAUGUUUUGUCUUCGUUUUCAUGGCUCUGCUGGAGUAUGCAUUGGUCAACUACAUCUUCUUUGGCAGAGGACCUCAGCGUCAAAAGAAAGCAGCAGAAAAAGCUGCCAGUGCCAACAAUGAGAAGUUGCGAAUGGAUGUCAAUAAGGACAGAAGAAUAAUUGGCACAUAUCAUUGUCCAGAAAUGUAUUCAACAAAGAUGGAUCCGCAUGAAAACAUUUUGUUGAGCACGCUUGAAAUCAAAAAUGAGAUGGCUGCCUCUGAGGCUGUGAUGGGGCUUGGGGACCCUAGAAGCACAAUGCUGGCCUACGAUACGUCAAGCAUCCAGUACCGGAAAGCUGGCUUGCCCAGACACAGCUUUGGUCGCAAUGCCCUGGAGCGACACGUGGCACAAAAGAAAAGUAGGCUACGGAGACGUGCAUCUCAACUGAAAAUUACCAUCCCUGACUUGACUGAUGUAAAUGCCAUAGAUCGAUGGUCACGCAUAUUCUUCCCUGUUGUUUUUUCCUUCUUCAAUAUUGUCUAUUGGCUUUACUAUGUGAACUAAGAAACAAAGCCACACAGGAAACAAGAACUGGAUUUCUCUUCAAAUCGGUUGUACAGCCAAAAGUGGGACUUAGAAAAAUUCUAUUCAGGACAAAAAGUUAUUUUAAAACACCUUAGUUGCUGGCCCACUCUAUGGUCUGUUUUAUAAAUUUUUGGUUGUUUCCGCUAAACCGUAAACACGUUCUUAAGUUGCAGUGUGGACGUAUCCCCCUUUCCAAAAUAUAAGUGCAUUUUGAGUGUGGAGGCAAAUUGGAUUCUGACAAUCAUUUCUCUCUUGCUGUCUCUUGCGCUCUCUUUUCCAUUUUAAUACUCGUAUGAGUUUAAUGACACAAAUUACGAAGAGAGGCAUCUGAGAAACAGGUUUUAGUUUCAGCAGCAGUAUGUACUAUUUCCUUGUGAAACUGCGUAUCCAAUAUAUGUGCAUCUACACUUAAGAGAGUGUGCUAAGACGUUAUCAUGCUUACAAAACAUACGCUUUACCUUUUGAAAAUGUAAACUUGAAAACAAGUAGUGCCUGUCAUCUUUCCAAGAUGAUGAUGCUCAGAGGUUUCCCAGCCGUAUUCACGUAUUUCCUGUUAAUUUUUGAAAGAGCUAAACCUUUGACUGAUAAUGUGAGGGUUGGGUGUUUGCACAGAAGCUGAAGCAAAAAGCACUAGUUUUAUUUGGAUUUUUAAGAGAGAACGUGCUCACAAUCACAAUGAUUAUAGUUGUGAUCAGCAGAGAAAUGUAGCAAUGACACAAAGGUGGAUCAAAUGGUCUUGUUGUGAACGGGUAGAUAUGCUCUUGUUUCGUGUUGGGGAAAGGGAAUCAUUUGUCCAAAGUGCCAAAUGUUGGUGGGCCAAAAAAUAAUUUUCUAGGUGGCUAAAGAAAGCCAAUGGUGUCCUACCCUUCUAGGGUAUGAAAAGGUAGACUGCAAUUAAAAAAUACAGCACCAAGGAAAGGGAAUGCUACAUGUAUAUAUAUAUAACUAUAUAUAUACAUAUACACUGUGCAAAUGAGUGAUGUCAGUCACAAUACGUACCUUUGUCUAAAAUACUUGUGGAGUUCUCUAAUUUCUUUCAAGGUUGUAAUUUUUCUAGCGUUACGCUUGCCACUGUUGUUACGCUUAACACCUAACAUCCCAUUUGACUGAAGGUCCCAUGGCUCUUUGGAAAAUAGCGACCAACCAUACGUACUUUAUUACAAAAAAUAAGGACAGGGUAUUUUCUUAAGCUGGAUUAGGCAAUACCAUUUCACUUUUUUGUUUUGUUUAGCUUAAUGCAUUGUUUCCAAGGAAAAGAAUUGGUAGGCAUCACUUUAAUUACUUAGUUACACACUUGGUAUUUCUUGCUUUAGAGUGACUUCUGUUGGAAAAAAAAUAGCAAAAUUCAGUUUUGCUGUAGGAAACUUUAAAAUGGAACAUAAUUUUUUCCCAUGCCGUAGGGCUUUAAGUUUAUAGGCAAACUAUUCCUAAAGUUUGGGCAAAGUGAAUAGAAUAUGCCAUUUAUUCCAUUGUUGAAACUAUUUUUAUGUAAUGAAAAAAAUCACAGGAACAGUAUAAAGAGUAUACAUUCCUUAUGGCUUUUACAAAACCAGAUCCCAGUAUCGUUUGACAGAAAAUACAUAACAAAGAAAAAAACCAAUCCUGUUGUCUUUCUGCUACCUCUCAUUUGUUUAUAAACUUUUGAAAGAAACUGAGAUUCCUAUAUCUUCCAAACAGCAAAAGAAAAUUUUCAGACAGAUUCUUCCCCCUAAUUGAACAAUCCUUUAAGAUAGAUGUGAAGAAUAUUUUUCAUAACAAGACUGAUUUUUUUUCUUCUUUUAAAAGAAUCAUUUUCUUACAACUUUCUGCUUUUUCCCCUCAUUUAAAGGAAUGACAGCAUAGGAGGAAAACAGUUUUGGGAACUGCCAAGUUUAUUCAAUUGUUUCUGACUUCAUUUUGACCAUAGCAUAUGCUUAUUUCUGCCUCAAAUGGGAGAGAACAGUUUUGACCCUGAAAUGAGAUUUGGGCGCACACACCACCUGUUGUUUUCAGGGGAAUUGUGUGUAUGUUCAAGUAUUGCCUCCAGGUUCAGACUCUGAAAUACGUAGAGUCAAGCUUUUCAUCAAAUGUUUAGCUUUCCAAGUCAAAAUGUUGCUUUUUGUUUACACGCAUAGUUUCUGACUGCAUUUCGUGCAGCAAGCAUUAAGCUUUGUAGAUGCUUUCGAAAUUUCAUCUGUUAAUUUUGAAUCAUGUUGGAAAUUUUUUCCUAAUUCUAAGAAAAGGAUCCACACCAAAACUCAGUAUUUCUCUUCAAAGUCUGUUCUUCAAAAACGGUACCCUUUAUAAUAAAUAAAAGCAGUCUUAUAGUAUUCUUCUGUACAAGUUUUUCUUUCAUUUCAAAAAUUGCUUCCAACUUUUUUUUAAUUUCACAGAAGCAUACUGUGAAUACUGGGAGCUCACAGCGUGUUUGUGGUAGAUACACCUCAAAUCCAAAACCUUAAAGAGAACAUGUCAAUUUUUUGCAUUGGUUUACUGCAUCAGCUGUUAUGAAAACUACUGAGAUUAAAUCCUAGAACUGCACAUUAAUUCAUCUCAAGUUAUAGUACAAGCCAUACUACUCUCUGAUACUGCUACUCGGAGAGUGAAAGAAAAUGUCUGGUUUCUGCUCAGGUGUCACUAGGAAAGGUAUGUUAUCUAGGAGGAAAGAGCACUUUCACUUUUACUAUGUCCUUCUGGCUAUUAAUGUGAUGUAUAAAAAUUAGUAGAAGGGAAGGGUUCUUUCAGAAAUGGAGUGGUUAUCAUGUUGUACUAAGGCUAAACACUGUGAUAUGAAGAAGACAGGGGUAAGAAAGACUGACGAGGCACUGUCAAGGAAAAAGUAUAACUCAAGUGCUCAAGUUGAUCACUUACUCCUCUUCUGAGAUGCUUGAGUGAAAGUGAGAAUUAUGCCACCAUACAUGAGCUACGGUUUGUAUUGUGUGUGCUACCCUCCAGGUAAAUUAGAAUAAACUUGCUUUUACUUUAGAACCGACCAAAAAUCAGUAUUCUAGAUCCUUUUACUCCUGUUCAUUGUUGUUAGCUUCAAUAAGUAAAAUAUCAAAGUUAAUAAUUUAGAUAAAGCUUGCAGUAUAGUUACACAUUUUAUUGUUCUAUUAGACAUGAUAGCCAGCAAUUAAGGUGUUUUUCAUCUUUGUGAAAUUCAUUGGCAAAUUAUGAAUAUAACAUGGCACAGUUUUAACAAAGUCUUUGAGAUCAAUCUGUAAAUAUAUACUGUAUAUGACUGCUAGUAAGUAUGAUACACAUUUUCAGAACUGAAAUUCAUGCAACAUUUCUGUGUUUGCAUAAGGAAUGUAAUGUUUCUGUCCUAUUGCAGUUUAAUGACUGGGAAGAAAGACUCAAGCAAUGACAUUUUGAACAUUUCUUUUCUCAUUCCCAGGGGAGGAAAACAGAGUUUCAAACAAUAGUAUGUUGCAGGAUUCUUCAGAGAGUUUUUACAUUCUAAUACAAAGGACAUAAAAUCUGUAAGGAACAAAAGCACAAUGCAUAGAGAAAAUGACUGGUGGUCUUAUACCUGGGGAACAAAUCCUACUUAUUUCAGACAAAAUGUGCAUUAAAAUUAAAGGUCAAUUAAUUUUCAUUAUAACUGUAAGACUGUGUUCCAAAUCUAUAAUUAACACAGUACUAAACAUAAGUAAACAAAUGUUAAACAUUAUCCAAGUUUAUGUGCAUAUGGACAUACAUAAAUGUCUAUAUGGACAUAUGUGUGUAUAUAUUCAUCUGUGCUGAAUAUAUGCACACACAUUCAUAUGUUGGCGUGUUAAAGGAAUAAGCUAAUAAUAGUUUUGUUUCUAUCAUCAACCAGUGUAUGAAUAUAUUUUUGAGAAAACAGAUAAAUGUAUUAAAAAAAAAAACCUAAAUAUACAGGGUAACUGGGCAUUUCUAUAUCAGCAAAUCAGUGCAUAUAAUUCGUAUGAAGCAUCACAUCGUUUGACAUUACAAUAGUGCUGUACCUCCUAGCAUCUGAAAUUAGAUAAGUCCUCACAUUGCUUGCCUAUUUCUUCUCUCUCUUUUUAUAACAGCGUUGUCCACUAGUAAGUUUUCAAAAACAAGGAAGUCCUAAGGGAACCGAGAAAAAAAAAAGGCAAAAAUAUUAAGUAUUUCUAGAAAAUAAUCUAGGGUGGGAUGGCCAGAGUACAAUACUAUAUCAGUAGUGAUCAUAACAUUUUGCUAUGUGUACAUAGAACAUACAAUGUGAGCAACCAUAACUUAAGCUGAGCGUGUGUAAAUAUUAUCAGAUUUCUUAAACAUUUUUAACUUCUAAUUUGUACUUUAUGGUAAGGCAAAAAGCUAAUUCUAUUUAUGGUUUAGGUUAAUGUGUCCUAAAAUUAUGUAAAUAACUAAAUAAGCUGUAAAUGAGCAGUCAAUAGAUACAGUAUUGUUUAGUGACUUUUUUUUACUAAGUACAAUAAUUGCAGUGCUCUAGCAGAGUAAUUUAAACACCCUUUUGCAUAAACAGAUUUGGAUUACAGAUAUAAAAAGUACAGAAAGUACUGUAGUGUAAAAUAGCCAUUGCAACAAUGUUACUGCUAGCACAACAGGUUCUUUUGUAUGGUCAAAAAGUUCAAGCAACAGAAAAUUGUAGUUUGACACUCAGUACUCAGAUUAGCAUAAACCAAUAGGGCAUGAUUUUCACUUACAGUAAGGUACCACCUGUAUGUUGCUCCAGGAGGUGGAGAUGUAGAGGAAUACAGGGUAAGUGAGAAUUCAGCUGUUAGUGAUUUCAUUACAGAAAGCCUGCAUACUGCGUCUGUCUGUUUCUGAAAUCUGUAUCUCUUACGGUAUCUAAUAGUAGACUUAUAUUUUUCUUUGGAAAAAAAAAAAGUUGUUUGACUGUCGUUAGAUAGUAUAGUCCCCCAAAGCCAAAGAAUCUUCACUCCAGAAAUUGUUUAAAAGGGAAAUCUAAUAAGUCACUGCUUAACACCAAAGGUAAAGCUUAAUAAAAUGCACUAGGAACUUUGUCUAAAUUUUUAAGAGGCAAAUGGAAUGUUGAUCAAAAAUACUGCCCUAUUCUACUUUGUAAAAAUAGCAACAAUUUAAAUAUCCAUUAAUAUUAAAUUGAAAUAGAUCAUCUCUACAAAGAUAUGCAACACAACCAUUUCAUAAGUAUAAAAUUAUUUUCUGUGUAAGUGCUUUGACAAAAAAAAAAAACUUAAAUGAUGAAAAAUCUCACCUAUGCUUUCAUACUAAGGGUUGUAUUUUUUUAAUGUUUUUUCAGACACGAGGUCAUCUAUUCCAAUUUGAUAACGUUUUGUAUGUUUUCACUGUUGCUGUCAUUUGACAGAUAUUCACCAGGCUGUAUUGUUCAUGGUCUGUCCUAUUAAUUUCAGUUGAAGACAAAAUGAACAUGUGAAACAUGAUUAAUUCUGACAAGGUGACUAUGAUUUGACUUCUAUCAUGUUUUUAUUUGCAUGGGUGUUUAAAUGGUUCUGUUAGUACUGUCUUUGCACAGUUCUGAUUUAUCUUUUUUACUUAGUACUAUUUACUUCAUAAUGUAGUAAUCAUCAGCCUUACUAAUGACCUUGUAGCCUUUCUUAUAUGCACAUAAUGCACAUUUUCCAAUGGCUAGAAAAUGCAAAAUACUAGUGGAUAUCAUUGCAUCAGCUCUUCAUGUCUUUCUCAAAAGGACUGCUAACCUCUGGGACAUAUGAGGUAGUAAAAUGAUGAUUGUAAAUGAGUAGCACAUAAGAGAUAUUUUCUUGAAUUUAAACUUAUUGCAGCCAGUUUCAGCAUGUAAAUAUAUAAUAAUGUUGGCUAGUGUGUAAUUCUUGAACUAAAAAAAUAUAAAUAAAGAAAACCUAAAAGAACA